AUGAUGACCAGGGAAGAGAAUCUCCCAAAAAGCGUUCUUACUGACGAAGAACGAGCCGCCAGGGCAAAGGGGUUGAAGGACGAUUCCAUUGGAAAGGGACUUUGGACCGAGGCUCGUGGAAAACUAGAUCCAAAGCGAUCGCUUCGACUUGAGAUUUUCAUCAUUGAUGGGGAUGAGGACCUCCAACAGGCUGCCAAGGCAAAACUGGAGACUAUCCAAAACUCUCGGUUGAAAAUAAAGAUUGGCAAUGACAGAGUACUCAAUGUCGUGUCUACGGCGUUGUCGCAGACCAAUGAGGCAAUCAGUAAUUUGGAUGCCAUUGCAUUGCUCCUUGUGCGGUUCCAGGCCAUCGAGGUCAUUUAUGACCUGUCUGAACAUCCGGAAAAGAUGUUCACAGCAUCAGAUCGUAUCAAAGAACUUCACGCCCAGCUGAGAGCCCAAACCAUCAACCUGUACACUCAAAUCCUUGAGUAUCAAGCCGACCUGAUUGAACAUUAUUCACACAACCAGAUGUAUAGAAUGGUCAAGUCUGUUGGUAUUCCAUCAGGGGAUAGAUUCUCGGAUAUUCAGACUACUGCAGCUGGCGCCAGCACAACUUUGCAAACCCUGGAUAGCGGUGCUAUCGCGGGCGUUGAUCGCCAAUUGUCAUCCCUUGCAGAAAGCGUGAAAGAAAUUAUGGAUAAGCUAGUGGAGGUAAACGCGAAUAUCCUGCGGCCAGUUGUCCCAACUUCAUCCCUUCUCAUGAUUCCAAAGAGCCCCAUGUUACUCAAUUCCGACAGAACUAUGAUGACUAUAUACCCGAGCGGGGGAGAAGCUCCUCAAAUUUGGGAUCUCAUGGCCGAAAGGGGUCUCCCGGAUCAACAGAGUUGGCUGCAUGCGGUUACGCCAUCUGACACAGGUACCUCAGUCAUAAUAUUACCCAAAGGAAGCGGAAAAGAAGGACCAGGUCACCUGGGACUGUGGGGUGUGGAUGAUCCAAAUGAUGGAAAAGACCUCGACCUCGGAACAACAGACUACCUCCAAACGGCCUUGGAUAACUGUUUGGAGCUCGCUAUCUCCGCAGAUGGUAUGAAAAUUGCCAUUUUGAACUCCAGCAAUAUUAUUGAACUUUGGCGAUUUUCAAAGGAAAAUAAUCGGUGGGAUCUACAUUGGACCAGCGUUCUUCCGUAUGAUGCGAAGAGUCCCCGCCCGCAAAUAAAGUUCUCCUCCGAUGUUUGGUGUGUCGACAACAAGGACUGUGAAUUUGAAUAUGAAGGCAGCGAGACUCUAAAUCUCGCAGUUUUAUCCCAUCAUCAUGCCAUGGUGGCAAUAGGAGGUAUGAGCAGUAGCGUGGAGCUACGGGAUAUAUCAAACAAGACCGUUAGGAUCAUUGAGACGGAUUACUUUUCGAACGCAUAUUUCAUGAAAUUUUCAGCCGAAGACACCAGAAUAGCAAUUGGAUGGGAUAAUAGAAAAGUCUCAAUCCACAACAUAGCUAUGGGAGAGACUGAGUGGGUAUUCGAAUGUCAUGCCACGUUGGCCAUUGCCUUGCAGUUCUGCCCCAAUGACUCAUGGAGGGAAGUACCAUUCUAUACUCUCGAUCUUGAGGGCGACUGGAUCGUUCACGAUAACAAAAAAGUCAUGGCAAUCCCCCCAAACCUCUCUGCAGCACUCUAUGAUCCAGAUCAAGACCAACGGGCCAAUACCAUCGCCUUCUUCACUCCCGGCACCCACACUAGUCGCCUUGUAUAUUUUAUGUUUGAGGGUGUUCCUAGCUUCUGA